AUGUCAUCUACUCCUGCAGAAGAACCAAAAGAAGAAGAAGACGAAUGUAAACUCGAAUUCAACAUCUUCGGUGAAUUUUUGGAUGAUAUUGAACACGAAAAUGUUGGAAUUCUAAAUCCGAAUAAACCAGCAACCAAGAAAGACAUUGAUUCAUUGCUCAAAUUAAUUGGUGGAUUCCAACAUUGGCCACUUCUGAAUGAAGAUUGCAAAAUAGAAGUAGUCAAAUAUUUGGAUUAUCCAUCAAGGUGUAAAUUGGAGAGAUGCUCGAGAGCAGAUUACGAAGCAGUCAAGAAAACACCGGUGGAGGUGUACAGUGUUGAAUUAUUUGACAACGAGAAAGAUCCUUACACACUUUGUGUCGAAGAAUUCGAUACCGUGACAGUUCGUGUCCAGUUCCAUCACGACUUCAAUUCUGGAAAACUAUUCGAAUUUAUCUUCUCUCAACUUGGAGACGACACUGAAGUUCGAUGGCUACAAUAUGUUUCGAAAAUACGUCCGAAAAGCAGGAAUUUGAUUUUGAAAUCAUGCAAUUACUACGAAGAAGCUGUCAAGUUUGGAGAGAAAUGGAUGAAAAAAGGAAAUUAUGAGAUGAAGCGUGUCACAAUUGAAAUGAUUAACUAUCCAGUUGAAAUAAGUCAAAUCAAGUUCUUGCCACGGUGCAAAAGUAUUCGAAUUGCUGCUGAUCACGUAGAGACGUUCCGUUGGUGGUUUCAGAAAGUUCCUGAUCAACUCGUAGAUCUUCAACUUUCGACUAAUUUUGAUAAUCGUGAUACCUGGACAAUACCAACUGAAUUUCUCAAUGCUCCACAGAUUAUGCUGACUCCUGAGUUUUAUUUCUGGUGUCGAGCUGCUUUCACAGAUGAACAAUUUCUCAAUUUGAAAGCUAGUAAAUUUAGUUUCGAUUGUGUAAAUGUCACUGAGGAUGGAAUUAAUCAAUAUAUCAAGAAAUGGGUUAGUGGAAAAGGUGUUGAAAAUUUUAAGCAAGCCGUGCUGUGGUCAAUUAGAGAUUGGGAUCAAUCAGCAAUCACACGUGGAUUGGAAUUGAGACCAUGGGAUACUGAUUUCAAAACGGAGGCAGCCGGAUUCUGUGAUGACUUCGAAAGAGUCUGUGGACGAGGAACGUGCUAUCAGAUUUCUAGUGCAAUCAAUCCAUAUGAAAGUCUUACUUUGUCCUUAUCUGCAGUUCGUGUGUCUAUUUAUGGAACUGGGAAAAAGAUGGAAUAUGAUGGAAGGAUUUAUACUUAUUAUUCAAUUCCUUAG